CAGCUUUCUGCUCAGCUUCUCCUGGUGAACGCUGGUAAAACUAAUAUCACCUCUAAGAUGUCUCAGCAUCAGUACAAACAGGCUGUGAGCUUUCCCCCUGCCUUCAUCCAGGAGCAGUGUAAGCAGUCCUUGCCCCAGAUCCCUGUCCCUGUCCCACAGGAACAAGUAAAGCAACCCACACCAGUACCUCCACCAUGCCCAGUGCCCGAGCAAGUCCUAGAUGUGCAAGAAGAGAACACCAUUCCUGUGAAGAUAGUUCCUACUCUUACUCCACAGCUGGAGCAGAAAGGAGGGCAGGAACUGGAAGAGCAGCUAGAACAACAACUGGAACAUAAGCAAGAGCAGCAGCUGGACCAUAAGCAAGUACAGCAGCUGGAAGAACAGCUGGGACACAAGCAAGAACAACAUCUUGGAGAACGGUUGGAUCAACAUUUAGGAGAGCAACUGGAGCAUAAGCAAGAGCAGCAGCUGGACUAUAAGCAAGUGCAGCAGCUGGAAGAACAGCUGGAACACAAGCAAGAACAACAUCUGGGAGAGCAACUGGAACAUGAGCAAGAGCAGCAGCUGGACUAUAAGCAAGUGCAGCAGCUGGAAGAACAGCUGGAACACAAGCAAGAACAACAGCUGGGAGAACAACUGGAACAUAAGAAAGAGCAACAGCUGGAACACAAGCAGGUGCAGCAGCUGGAAGAACAGCUGGAACACAAACAAGAACAACAUCUGGGAGAGCAGUUGGAUCAACAGCUAGGAGAGCAACUGGAGCAUAAGCAAGAGCAACAGCUGGAACACAAGCAAGAACAACAUCUGGGAGAGCAGUUGAAUCAACAAGUAGGAGAGCAACUGGAGCAUAAGCAUGAGCAACAGCUGGAACACAAAGAAGAACAACAUCUGGGAGAGCAACUGGAAUACAAGCAAGAGCAACAGUUGGGACACAAGCAAGAACAACAUCUGGGAGAGCAAUUGAAUAAACAAGUAGGAGAGCAACUGGAGCAUAAGCAUGAACAACAGCUGGAACACAAAGAAGAACAACAUCUGGGAGAGCAACUGGAAUACAAGCAAGAGCAACAGUUGGGACACAAGCAAGUGCAACAGCUGGAAGAACAGCUGGAAAAGAAGGAAGAGCACCUGGAACAGCAGUUGGAGCAGCAACUAGAACAGAAGGAAAAGGAGCUAAAGCAGCAACUGGAGGAGAAGGAAGAGCAGCAGCAGCAGCUGGAGCUACAGCAGGAGCCUCAAGAUUGUAUUGAUCCUGAGCUUGACUCUCAGGCUAAGAAAGGCCAUGUCCUUCCUGUAGAGCAGCAGCAGCAGCAGCAGGCACAUUGGCCCUUUAAACAACAGUAACUCUCCCCAACUCCCCCGGGACCUCUUCUUGCCACAAAAUGAAGAGUUAGAGAGAGACCAUCUAGGCUUACCUCAUGCUUUCCCCAGCCUAGGUGGUCUCCCUCAUCCUGUGAAUGCCCCUGAUUCUCUUCCUCUCUCUGCCAUUUCUAGGAUGGGGAGAAAGGAUCAAAAGAGGGGAGAUAUUUUCUCCCUUGUCCCACUUCCCCUCAACCCCUCACCCUGUCCCAACCUCAUCCUCACCUUGGGAACUGAGCCUCUGCUUGGUGGACUCUAUAACCUUUUUGGUAUCAUAAAUUUCAUCCUUAAGUUUUGUGUCUAUGCGUGACUAUCUCUAUGUGAGUGGGCAUUUGUGCUCCUACUAAUAAAUCUUGGAAUUCCUGAAA